AAAUAAUAUUUACUAAAUAUGGAAGACAGAAGGACCAAACGCUAUAAAGAGUUCCUCAAAGUGGGCAUAAACUCACCAAAACAGAAAUGAGAGCAAUUUAUGGUCAAACUCAGACAGAAGGCGAGGAAAAAUAGGUUCUAUGAUACCAGAAAAGUCCGCUAUCUCAAUAAAUCAACUGAGCCAGAUUACAGUGCCCUUUGGAAGUCUGGGGACUUCAUCCAAAGAAUAAUGUCAAUUGAGGAAGAAAUGAGAGCAAUCGAUGAUGAAGAGUUUUUGAUAAAAGCAUAUGAAAUGAUUAGCUGUGGACUUUACCAAGAAUCAUAUACAGUCAUUUCAAAGACUCUUAAUCCAGAAUUUAUCUUGAAUGUUGUAAAAGACUAUAAGAGUUCUUCUGGCGCACUUUAUGAAGCGAUUACAAGCUUAAUGAUAAACCUGACUUCACUAGUGUUAAGUUCUGAUAUACAGAAAUCUCUGGUUGAUACUGGAUUAGCAGACUACUUACUUUCAAAGCUUAAUCAAUGGGCAAGACCAGAGGAUCUCAAUACAAACUGAAAAAGAGAGCUUGAUAUUAUUCAAAAUUUAUGAUUUGAUAAAAUUACAAAAAGAUAUUUCUUACAAAACAACAUUUUAGAAACAUUAGUCAAAGUUAUAGACCAGCAAGUGAAAUGUGAAGCCAAUGAGCUCAGAAUUCUGGGUAUACUAAAGGACCUUAUUUGAAAAUCAAAUCAAAUAACCAAAACACAGAUUAAAUCUUUAAUUCCUUUUCUAUACGGGACUAUGAUAAACAGUGAUGUAAACACAGACAAUAAAACACUAGCUCUGGCCUGUUUCAUAAAGAUUAUUACGUUAAAAGAUAUGGGAGAAGAAAUUGUACAAACCUACCCAAUGUUUCUAGAAUAUAUAAUGUACCUUGCUGAUCUAUCUGAUUUUGAAGCCUCUAAAGUUGCUCUUACUAUAGCAUGUGCGUGUACCGCCCAUGAAAAGCAUGCUAAGGAAUUAUACGAGCUUGGUCUCCUCAAACAUCUGUUCUGACUUAAAUUUACAACUGAGUUAGUAGCAAUUCAGAACUUAACACAAAUUGUCCCUGAGACUGAAUGGCUAGAGGAACAUAAUAUAGAAAUUCUGAUCCAAUUAACCAACCUUUAUACCCAUUUUAGUGAUAAAGAGUGGCUGAUCCAAGUUUCAGAAACCCUCAGGUGCUUUAUUUUGUUGGAGAAUGAUGAUAUUACACAAUUCUUAAAAGAAGUAGGCUUUAUUUACAAGAUAAAGAACGCCUUUGAGAAUGAAAAGGAUAUCGAAGUCCUAAAAAGUUUAUUAUCAGUCACUUAUCACUUCAUCUACUCUUUCACAGAAGAACAAGAAAGUCAAUUUAUAGAGUCUGGGCUAGGAGACUUGGUUGAAGAUUUAUAUGAACAUACUUGAAAUGCAGACUUGCAAGUUUUAUGAAGAUCCAUAUUUAAUGUGGCCACCCAAGAAUAAAUUUAUUCAAUAAUUCUCGAUC